UCCAUCUUGCAAAUGGCGGAGGUGGAUUUGCCCUGGAUCUGCGUGACAAGUUAGAUUUUAUGGUGCAAACUCCUAUCUAUUAUGUGUCUUUACUAAUCAUCUACUUUCAGAGUUAUAACUUUCUAAAAGAAAAUCGUAGAGCAUCAAUAAUUAAUUGAUCCUUAUAAUGGAAUGUAAGGCAGAACCGGGCUGUUUUGACAACUUUUGUAGGAUAUGCAGCUGCCAAAAUGAAAAAGGGAAACUUACCUACAUUUUUGAAAAUGAUUAUUUGUUGGAGAAAAUCACUUCAUUUCUACCUAUAACUAUCCACCAAAACGAUGAAUUGCCUCAUCAUGUAUGUGGGAAAUGCCUAAAUGGAAUUGAAAGCUGUUUUGAUCUCAUUAAAAGAGCCCAGUCUUCUGAAAAGUUCUUUUUCAAUCGCCUGAAGAAUGCAGUAGAUGUAAAAAUAAAGACCGAAGAAGGGAUUGAAGAGUAUCCUACAGAAAAUAAUGGAUCUCGAAGCAUAGAGCUGGACGGGACUUUCAGUUGCGACCUGUGUGACGCUAGGCUGCCAGAUGCUGAGGAACUGGAUAAACACAUACAAAACAACCACAUUAAUGCUCAAGCGCCUCCAAACACAGAGUUUACCAUUCGCAAGAUCUGCUCCUUGUGUGGUGAGCUGUUUGAGUCGGAUGAGAUAUACAUGCUACAUAAGUGUGAGAGUACGCCUAGCUGUCCUCAAUGCAACAAGACCAUGUCUACCAAGUGUCUGCUCAACCGUCACAUCAAUAACUUUUGCAAACAACUCUUCUUCUGUCCCCACUGCUAUAAGAAAUUCACGUCGAAACUUCCAUUCAUGAAGCAUAUGCAGGCUCACUCCGGAUUGAAAAUAGAAAAUGAUUGUUUGGCUUGUGAGCAGAAGGUCCACGGAAAUGGGGAAGCCACAGAGCACACUUGUGACAAAGGAUUUAGUAACAGCUCGGCUGGGAAAAGGUAUAAGUGCUACAUAUGUGGACAAGCUUACAAGCGCCAGAUAAACUUGGCCAAGCAUUGUCAACAACACCAGCCAAAGACAGACUGGACCUUCAAAUGCUCCAAGUGUAAUGAUGUUUUUGAAAAAGAAAAAUCUCUCCAUGCUCACUAUGAAAAGGUUCACAAAAUGUCGAAAACAUGGAUCUGUCGGUAUUGCGGAAAGUCUAUGUCCACCAAACUGAGUGUUCAGAUUCACGAGAGGAUCCACACCAAUGUGAAGCCUUACGUUUGUGAAUGGUGCGGAAAUGCCUUUAGGUCGAAAGCAAAUCUUAUUCAACAUCAUGCUAAGCAUACUGGGGUUCGCAAACACACGUGUCCUGUUUGUGGCAAGAUGUUUUCUCGUACGUUUUUCCUUAAGACACAUAUGAGAACGCACACGGGCGAGAGGCCGUAUCAGUGCGAUGUGUGCGAACAGAGAUUCACGCAAGUGGGAGAUAUGCGGAGGCAUCGGAGGAGGCACGAGGCGCAGUCACAGGCGCGACAACCACCACCACAACCAGCGCAGGUGCAACCCACGGUCAUCAUUGUUAGGAGAGGCUCACCUGGGGAUAGAAUCUUCCUAUAGUCACAUACAGUGCCACCGUCACAGACAAUGCAGACAACAAAUGUACGAGAAGUGUGAAUGUGUUGUAUCAGAGCUGGAGGCUGAAUCCACUGUGCGUCAACUGAAAGGGUGUUCAGGGGUUUUAGGAGAAAAGUAGUUCCAGCUUAAGUCGAUGAUUCUCAGAAAGUAAAAAGGAAACUACAUAAUCUGAAAUUUAAAUACAUUUAAUGACUUUUAAUUUUUAAAUUUAAAAAUAAAACUAAUGAAUAACACUGUGUGUUUUAAUAUUUUAACGUUUUUACUGUAAUGUAGUGUUUGGGUCAUUUUAAUAUGUUUUUAUUUUUUAUAUUUACCUGAUUUUAAUGUUUCAAAAAGAGUUUUAUGAAUGCGAAGAUGCUUUGUAGUUUUAUAGUUGCUUAUGCGAGAUAUUCCUCCUGAAAUUACUUGAUUGUAUUACAUAUAUUUAUUUCAUUCUGGAUAGUAUACUGGAUGAAUACUUCUUAU